AUGGCCUUCUUAAUGGAAUGUUUCCUUAUUCUGAUAGCAUUUGAACUGGGAUUCUCUUGGGAUCUAAAGAAGAAUGUCAGCCCUGCUAUUGCUCUCAUGGGAUUCAGACCUGUCACCAGGGGCAUCAUAGGUUGGCCAUGGGGGCAGAAGGACAGCUAUGUGGGCAACAAGACCCAGAGCAAGAGCAGCAUCCUUACCCUGAAAUACCUCAUGAAGCAUAGCAUCAUCACCAAUAGGGAUGAAAUAGAGAGGAUCUGUCAUCACACCAUGUACAACAGUAGUUCUCAACCUGUGCAUGUGUCCCCCGAGAAGCACUCGGUGCUGCUGAUCGAGCCCCUCCUGAAUCCCAAGGCCAACCGUGAGAAGACAACUCAGAUUAUGUUCGAGACCUUCAACAUCUUGGCCAUGUACGUAGCCAGCCAGGCUGUGCUGUUCCUGUGUGCCUCUGGCCACACCACUGGUAUUGUUAUGGACUCUUGGUAUAGGGCCACCCACACUGUGCCCAGCUACGAGGGCUACACCUUGCCCCACGCCAUCCUGUGUCUGGACCUGGCUGGCCAGGACCUGACCCACGACUUCAUGAAGACCCAGGAGCGCGGCUUCACCACCAGUGAGCAGGAAAUCGUGUGUGACAUCAGGGAGAAGUUGUGCUAUGUUGCCCGGGACUUCCAGCAGGCCAUGGCCACCGCCAGAGUGCAAGUUCUGGAUAUAGACUGGUGGCUCCGUCAUGGCCUUGUUGUCCACCUUCAGCAGAUGUGCAUCAGCAAGCAGGGGCAUGACCAGUUAGGCCCCUCCAUCAUCCUCUGCAAAUGCUUCUAA